UCAUGAGGAAUUUGAGGUGUGAAUGGUCAUUAGCAUAUCUUUUGUUUCCAAGGGUGGGAGAGGUCUGAGGUGUGAAUUGGUCAUUACAAUGUGUGACAAGCUUGGUAGGAACAUCCUGUGUUCAGUGUUUUGUCCAUCUGAGUACCUUGAAAACACUUUGCAUGCAUUUUUCAUGAUGAAAAAGGGCUCUGGACAGCAUCGAGAACUGGAAGAGUUUAAAAAAUUUUGCAAACGCUUAUAAACGCGAUUUGCUCAUUUUGCUUUUGAAACGCUGAUAAAAUUCUCUGCUGAAUGCAAGUUUUCUGCGU